UAUCUAACAAAUUGCCUUAUUCUAAUCUCGACGUUUACAUGUGGACUUCUAGCACUUUUUGUCGGACUUCUAAUCCACCACUGGUUUUGGUUACAUGGCGUUAAACUGACUCGAAAAGAAAUGAUCUUCUUUGAUGAAGCUAAUCUUCUUGAAACUUCUAACAUGUUUGAAUUUACCAAUGUUCCAAUCACAGAGGGAACUACACCUAUCUCUGGUCCGGAAGUUUUCCCCGAUGCACCCACGAAUAUUUGGCAGGCCCUGUUCUGUGAUGAUAAGCAAUUGCAAAUUCAAAAGUUUUACAAAGAACAUUAUGGCCCAGUUUGGGAAACAGCAAGAAGAAGAGAACAAGAAUGGAAAGCAAUACAAUCAGCUGCUCUGAAAUGUCACCUUCCACCACUGCGAGUUCUCACAUGGCCAAAGACAGCCUCGAAGUUGAUUGCUAGAACUACGAAGAAGAGCAAGGCG